AGAAGAACUGCCUGGGGAAAAGGGGAAUAGCAAGGCGCAUGCUUUUUCCAGAGUUGAGUUGCUGUUAGUAACGCAUUCUGUUAGGUCAAUAGUUUUUUGCAUUGGUAAAUUUGUGAUAUGGCAGACCUAGAUUAUCCUGAAAUCAAUCCGGCUAACGAGCUGGAGAAACGCGUUGCUGAUGCUUUUCUCAUAUUUGACCACCACAGCAAUAAAACGGUUGAUGUGCGCGAAGUUGGAACUAUUUUACGAUUUUUGGGCUGUGUUCCAACGGAAGCAGACGUAAACGAAGUAAUUUCUGCCACUGAGUUUGAAGACUCGAAUGGUACGGUCCAUAUCUCGAGAUUCCUACCGUAUGUUAGUCAACUGAUUGCAGAGCAUAAACUUGAGCCCGCCCCACCGGAGAAACUUCUGAAAGCAUUUCGCGUUUUGGACCAAGAGGGAAGAGGGUUCGUUGAUCGGGAGUAUAUGACAAAGUUGAUUACGGAAGAAGGGGAACCAUUCACUGCAGAAGAGCUCGAAGAAAUGAUGGCCGUUGCCGUUGAUAUGGCUACCGAUAAAAUUCCUUACGAAAAUUAUCUGAACCAACUUUUGUAUGAACCUCAAGAUUCAAUCUAUACAUUGGCCGAUCAGUUCAAGAAUCAAAUCAAACGCAGAACCAUUUUUAAAUUUUAUAGGCGAUAAUUUCAUUGUGUCUUUUCAGGUUGACUUCUAAGCUCAAUAAAUGGAGG